AUGGCGGAACUGACCUGUCGCGAGGCGGUCGCCGCCGCGAUCGCCCAGGAGAUGAGGCGCGACCCCGCGGUGGUGUUCCUCGGCGAGGACAUCGGCGCGGCGGGCGGGGUGUUCAAGACCACCGUCGGGCUGUUCGAGGAGUUCGGGCCCGUACGGGUGCGCGACACGCCGAUCUCCGAACAGGCGAUCGUCGGCGCCGCGAUGGGCGCCGCGAUGACCGGGCUCAGGCCGAUCGCGGAGAUCAUGUUCUCCGACUUCUUCGCCGUCUGCUGGGACCUGGUGGCCAACGAGAUCGCCAAGUCGCGCUACAUGACCAACGGCCAGGUCUCCUUCCCGCUGGUCAUCCGCAGCGCCAAUGGCGGCGGCGCGCGGUUCGGCGCCCAGCAUUCGCAGUCGAUCGAGAACUGGGCGAUGAUGAUCCCGGGGCUCAAGGUCGUCGCCCCCUCCAACCCGGCCGAUAUCGUCGGGGCUGCUGGCGGCCUCGAUCCGCGAUCCCGAUCCGGUGAUCUUCUUCGAGCAGAAAUCGCUUUACGGCGUCAAGGGGCCGGUUCCCGACGGCGAGCAUGUCGACAGGCUGGGGACCGCGAAGAUCCUCCGCGAGGGCGGCGACGCCGCCAUCGUCGCGCUCGC